GGCGGCGGCUCUGGGACUUGGUGCCCCCCCUUGCUUCUCUGCCCCCUCCAGCGUCGCUUCCGAGGGAACCAUGGACCCCCAAUCUCUGGAUGUUGCCGUGCAGAACACGCUCUCGGGCCUCUACCCCCCGUUUGACAUCACGGCCCCGACUGUCCUCAGCCAGCUUUUCCGUGUCCUGGAGGCCAAAUACCACAGCGAUGGGCUCUGCUGCCUUCUGGACUUCCUCAUCCCUUCCAAGCGCCUUCUGGAGCACGUGCGGCAGGCGGCCUGUGCUCCUUACUCCGGCUGCGUCUUCCUCCACGAAGGGUGGCCCCUGUGCCUUCGCGAGAAAGUGGUUGUCCACCUCGGACCGCUCAACCCCCUCCUUCUUCGCCCGGGGGACUUCUACCUGCAAGCGGAGCCCUGUGGGGAGCAGUCGGCCUGCCUGGCGGUGAAGUGUCUCUCCAGGGACCUCACCACCGUGGAGAAGAUCUCCAUCCCCGAAGCAUCCUGCUCCUUGCUGUUCACCAAAGAGUGGCUGGAGGAGGUCAACCGAGACCUGGACCGGCCAACGCUCCACACCUGCCUGGUAGCCACUGGGAAUGGGAUCGUCCCCCUCCCGUGGAAUAAAAUAGCCACCCCGGAAUUUGUCGGGGUGCCCAAAACGGAAGGUUCGGUGGAGCAAGAGUCCUCAACCCACCCAGCAAAUCUCCUGCGUCUGGACUGCAUUUCUGACUCGGGCAGUUUGCAGUCUUCUCCGGGUAAGUAUCCUGGCCUCAUCAAAGUCGAAGAAGGAACCUGGAAGAAAUCCACUCUGUUUGCUUUGCCGAGUUUGUGCGACAUCAUCGGCGAGAACCUGGAAGGUGAAUACGUGAAUCUCCUGGGGUUUUCCGAAGAAGGGAAGCAGGACAACUCUCCUCCUGCCAAGGCAACAGGGCCGGCCCUUGGGGAGCAGCUGCACAGAGAGGCUGCAUCACCCAAGGUGGAGAAGGACCUCCUUUUGGUGAACGGGGACAACGGGGAGAUGGCGGGGGGCUGGAGCUGCGGGAAGGGGCAAAACUCAGAGGAGGGUCCCUGCACGCCUUGCCUGAGGCGGCGGCUGGGCCAAGACGCCAAGGUCCAUGAGCCGAGGUGCAGGUACCGCGAAUCGUACGUGGCGGCCCUCAAGAACCCGGUCAGCUUCAGCUCCGGGUUGAUGGCAGCUAUUUUGGAAGAGAUGGAUACGUCGAAGCAGACCUCCUCUUCCCCCUUGGAAAGCGCAGGCGUGCGGCCUCUGGAGGGGUCAGGCCAGGGGGCUCCCCAAAUCCCCUCUGAGCAGCCGAACAAGAACGAGAAAGCGGAGGACAGCUUUUCCAAGCCAGGCCACCCGAGACUCCCGAAGCCUCCGGCAGACUGUCCCGCUGCCAGCAAUAAAUUCUCAUUCCUGAAAGGCCACCGUCAGCUGGGCUCCUCGGCGGGUGGCCUGCCUGGGACGGAGAAGGCCGGGAAGGGCCAGGAGGGGCACCGGAAAAGGACCUCGGUCGUUUGCUCUCCCCGCACGGCCAGAGCAAAGGCAGCAGUUGGGAAAGGUGACGUUGUGCUUUCAGAACUUCCAGCUCCCAAGAACGCAGAGAGUGUCGCCAUUCCUACGUCCCCCGCAGAUGUCCUGCUCAGAGAAUCACCUCCUCCGGGAUCUGACCCACAGGAUCUGGCCCAGUGGGAGACGCUCAGUCCUGAGCUUUUGUCUUCUGGGAUUGUAUGUCUGCCAGGAAACGUGGAUAAGCUUGGCAGACCCAUCGUCCAGAUCUGCAGCGGUGGCCCAGUGUGGCAAGCCCCUUGGUGUUCAGCCAGAGAAGUGGCACGGCUUCUCCUCUUCCUUUGCAACACAUCUAGGAAGCAGUCGAAGGACACGGGGCUGGCGCUUGUCAUCGAUGCCAGAAAGGAGGUGCCGCCUCCCGCCCUCUCUGCCGCCCUCGGAUCCGUCCAGAAGAGCCUGCCUGGCUCCAUCCACGCUGUUUUCCUGCUGGCAGAGAAGGAGGCAGCCUCACAUUUGGAGAAGCUACCUGGCGUGCAGAUGGAGGUGCUGAGCUCCCUGAAGGCUCUGGGGCGGCACGUGGACAGCAGCCAGCUGACCCCAGCCCUGGAGGGCCACUUCCCCUACUGCCACAGCGAGUGGGUCCAAUACUUCCAGAAGUUGCACCAGUUUGUGAGUGACGUCAGAAAGGCCUCCGAAUUGCUGCAGAACACCACCCAAGAACUGGGAAAGGGAGGCAGACUGGAGACCCUGCAGGAAGUUGAGCGUCAAAUGGAGAAGCAUCAGCUGCUGAUGCAGGAGGUCUUGCACAACGGGCAGCUGGUGAACUUGCAGAGGGAAGGUGGGGCCACGCUGGCGAAACUGAGGAAGGAGGCGGCCCGGCUCAGCUUCUCCCCCAACGUCCGGAGCAGCAUCGGCCGGGCUCUGACCCUCUACAACCUGGUGGAGGAGAAAGUCCACACGCUGGUCACCAAAUCCAACGGCCGCCUGGAGCACCUGGAAUUUCUGCUGAAGAUCCGACAGCUGGAGGCGGAGUUUGGCAAGCUCAGUUUGUGGUUUGAUGAAGAAGGCGAGUCGGCGCUCCGCGAGGUGGGGUCUGCGGCAGAGGGCAGCUGGCAGGCCGCCCAAGAGUCCCACCAGCGGUUCAAGGAAUUCUUCAAAGAAGCCUCGGUCCACUACAACCGGGGUCUGUCUCUGUCGAAGGAAGCCAGCAAGGUGCAGGGGUCCAGGUUCCCAGAGACGGGGGCCUUUGAGGCAGCGAAAAGGGUUUUCCAGGCCAAGCUGACCAUGUUCUACAUGGAGAUGGAGAUGAAAGGGGCAGAGCUGGAGACACUCCUGGACCUCUACAAGUUCUGCGACAAGGUCACACAGUUUAACCUUGAGUGCCAGCGCCACCAGGCCACUUGGAGCCACAGAGAGGAGGAACCAAAGAGCAUCCAAGCCCAGCGAGAUAUGGAGGAUGCCCUCCAGAAGCUCUCCAGGGAGUUCUCCACCGAGACCUUCCAGCAGAUGAAGGUGCAGGCCUCUAGCGUGCGCAGCGAGAGGGGUCUCGCCGUGUGGAACGAAGCCUUGCAGAGGUGCCAGGAAGCCAGGCAGCUCCUCGGAGAUGCCCUUGCCAGGUCCAAGGAGGCUCGGGAAGGAGGUGCAAAAGAUCUGGAUCCCGUCCCACCUACUAAACUCUCAGGGGAAGAUGUCUGCUUAGACGGAGCAUCGACAGAAGCCGAGAGAACAGAGGUUGGGUCAGAGCACGAUAGAAGGACGCAAGAUGUGGGUGGAACUGGCGUCCAUGACAAGGCUUCCCAAGAGGUCCCCUCAUGUGGCGGUGGGAUGCUGAAGGGUGUGAAGGCCAGCGAAGAGGCCUACCUUGCUUCGUUGGAUGUUAUCCUGGAAUGUGGGGGCCCCGAGGCUCAGGCAGACCCAGGUGAAGAAGCCCCCGGAAGCGCCCACGUGACAAGACAGGGCUGCCCUUCAUUGGCCCCUGCCUGUGCCUCUUCUCCCAACACCAAGAAGGUGCCAGCCCCCUACGAGAGCCUCCCUUCCACCAAGCAGCCUGGCCUCUCCAUGCCCACGAGAGGCCAACGCAGCAGGAAGAGAGAGGCAGCCCAGUACUUCCAGCUCUCCAGGCACGGGAGUUUUUCCUCCGAAGACGCAGAUUCCCAAAGCUCCACUGAGGAGGCUCUGAGCUCGAGUGCCACCUUGCCCCUGGAAUCGUCCAAAGGAGCCUGGACUCAGGAGAAGGCACCGGGGAUUCUCUAUUUGGAGAAUCACAGCACAGGCAGCCUGACGGACGCGGCGGCCACCCAGUGAGACUGGGGGACCACCCUGGGUACUGACACGAUGGGCCCUCUGCACCCAU